UUCCCUAUAUUAUUACCCUAAAAGUGUGACGUUCUAAAACGUCAUUGGCUGAACAGAACCAACCUUCGACCAUUUCUAUCUGGGUGCGUUAACACGAGAGACCGGUAGAGGCAAUAGUGAGAUUACAGUUGUGUUGUUACUCACCUCCUGAACACUUGAAGAAUAGUAUGAUUAAGGAAAUUCAUCAAGAGAAAGAUAAAGACGAAUGCCUGCGGGCAGGAGGGCUCUAUGUUUUCCCUGAUCAUUUCAGAGAAAAUAAAUUUUAAUAACUUCAUGUUUCUAUGAAGUUGGAAAAAUUUGUCCUUAUAUCCAAAGGGACUUUGUAAAUAGUGUAUAAAUUUUUUUUUGUUGAAAUUCUUGUCUAUAUAUAAAUUAUUUGUGAAUUUUUGGAGGAGAAAAAAAAUUCACUUCUACAGAAGAGGAUAAUUAUAAAUACACUCUUUAAUAUCUCUCCUGAAGAAAUUAAAAAUCGAUUUUAAAUUGAAAUUUACGGACCCAAAAGGAAAAAAAAGAAACCCCCAAGAGAAGAAUACCUUACCGGCAUAAAAAUGAAGAUGGAAGUAAAGGCAGACAAUACACCCCUCGCUGUUAAGCUAUUAACAGCAGGCACUGCUGCUUGCAUUGCUGAUUUGGUAACCUUUCCAUUGGACACUGCAAAAGUCCGUAUGCAGAUCGCUGGCGAAGGACGAGCUGCAAUGCUCAUGGCAUCCCCAGAAGGCUCAGUGAUGGCAAUUCGUACUGCCCAACCAGGUUUACUGCAAACAUUAGCAAACAUCGUUAGACUCGAGGGAGUAAGGAGCUUGUAUGGAGGACUUUCUGCGGGACUCCAAAGACAGAUGUGUUUUGCAAGUGUGAGAUUGGGCCUGUACGACAAUGUCAAGACAUUCUACGCUGGAACAACCGACGGUAAUGUGAAUAUUUUGACAAGAAUAGCGUCUGGAAUAACAACUGGAGCUAUGGCAGUGUUGCUUGCACAACCGACUGAUGUGGUGAAAAUUCGAUUACAAGCGGGAAAUAAUGGAAAGUCUACUGUUCGAUAUAAAUCAACUCUUGCAGCUUACAAGAAUAUUGCUGUUAAAGAAGGUGUCCGAGGACUAUGGAAAGGAACGGCACCCAACGUCUCGAGAAAUGUAAUAGUAAAUGUCGCCGAAAUUGUUUGCUACGACGUGAUAAAGGACUUGAUUUUAAAUAAUGGACUAAUGCGAGACGGUAUUCCUUGUCAUCUUGCUGCAGCGACAGCUGCUGGCCUAUGUACCACAAUUGCAGCGAGUCCAGUAGACGUUGUUAAAACUCGAUACAUGAAUAGUGCACCUGGUGAAUAUAAAAGUGCACUGGACGCCGCGAGUCGUAUGCUUAUCAAUGAGGGUCCACAAGCAUUUUACAAAGGUUUCUUGCCAAGUUUCGCGCGUUUCGUUUCAUGGAACAUCGUUCUUUGGGUGACUUACGAGCAAAUUAAGAUCCAAGCCAAAAAAUUGCAGCAACCUUAUUAAAAAAAAAACUAUUUCUAAGUUCAAAAAGAAAAGACAAAUUCUCUUCUUUGUUUCUUUCAAGUUCUAUUCAUUUUAACAAAUUCGUACAAAAAUUCGUAAUUAUAUUUUAAAACAAAAAUUUUAAAAGUUAACCAGAUUUUAAUUUUUUGAUAGUUAAACAUUUUUUAAAUAUCAGCCUAUUUUGAAUAAAAAUAAAUAUUCUUUUCGACUUUUUUUUUAAAAAUUAAUUGACAUCUUUUUUUAAAAUUAAUUGAUAAAAAUACUUGAAUCGAAUAAUUAUUCUGUUCUUUAUUAUGAUAUUAUUUAGUUUAUUUAGUGAUAGUUUUUUCUAAGGUUGAGCGCAAAACAAUGCAGCAAAACAAUAUUUUCGAAGCACACUAGAUUCGCAGGAUAGAGAAUUCUUCUAGUUUAUUUUUUUUUUAGAAACUGAUUAAUGUUUUUAGUAAUUAGUUUAUCAAACAAGGUACUUUUGUACUGCUAUAUUUUUCCCUUAAGAUUAUUAUCAAAAUAACGUGAAAAUGAUAAAUUUAGUGUAAUUUAUCGCACUUCUUUUCUUACCUAUUAGAUGUAAAUUACAAUAAUAAAUCUAAUUAACUGUAAAAUGUUCGUAAUUUUAAGAAAGUAUUUGAAAAAGUAAUU